AUGCUGUCUCAACGCCUCUGGUGGCUUGGUACCACUCUUCUGGCCUCGUGCUCUCAGCUUGCGAACGCCGAGUUGCCCGCCGACGCCAUCGAGCUUGAUCUUGUCUUCCCUCGCAGCGAUGGCAAGUAUGCCGAGACCACUAACGGCUACCCGGUCCUCCUCAAUGUACAGAACCCUGAUGUAGCCUACAAGUACGGGUACAACUUUGUCUGGGACAUCUACUCGAGAAACAAGAAUUCAUACCUGCGCACCGCCGCCCACGGCACCAUGGGCGCUUCCAUCGGAAACGGGAGCACCUUUGGCAACGGCCCGCAUCUUGAGGUUGGCAAGACAGGCCACCUUGCUGCCGGCGAUUACACUUUUGCCUGGGUCUUUGGCAUGGGCGCACAAUGCGAGUUCACCGAGCAGCCCGACUACAGCGAGUUCAACCUGAACCCUCGCAUCGCCAACGGCAGCUUCGACUUCACCGUCGAGACCAGCGGAAAGGAGCCUACUUUCACCACCUGUCCGACUGCCAUCGGCAGCAUGAGCUACGCUUCCACAACGACGUACAACUCCGAGGCCACCAGUGUCUGCGCCGUCACCGCCUCCGUUACUCACGAUGCCCAGCCUUGCUCAGCUACCGUCGGCAACGACCAGGCCACCAGCGUGUACAGCGAGCUGGGAUAUGCCCGCGCAACAGGAUCGUCAGGAGCCGCGUCUCUCAAUUCGAACUUGCCCUCGUCUCAUUUCGCACUCUUCGCCGGUGUAUUCGCCGCGGUUGCGAUUUUGGUAUAA